GUGUCGGCGCUACAGCGCGAGAACAGGCUCAUGGCUACUGCGUGGUAUGAUCUGUCAAAGAGACUGCAGAGCAAUGGCGUCAGUCUAGGAAGGAGAAAACCCGACCCGAAAAGCUGGAUUGGGAAGCAGAGGGCUUUGGUCGGGCCAGGG